AUGAGACAGGAUGCUUUCAUGGAGCCCUUUAGCACCACAUUUUGUGACUUGCAAUGCAAAAUCUGUGUUCUGCUUUUAGGUAAGAUCUCAAAUUUCUUCUUCUUAUUAUUCUAAUAUGUAUUUAAUCCAGGUGUAAGGUUUUGUUUCAGUUCCAUACUUUUGAAUGUUUUUAGCUUUAGUAACUUUACCAUUAUGAAACAACCAGGAACUGUCAGUUUUCAAACCAUGUGGAUUUUUUUUUAAUCCUACAAACGUAUAUGAUUUGUACAGAAAAACUGGAAAUAGAUAGAAGGGUAGGUAGGUAGGUAGGUAGGUACUAACUGCAGUGGGUAGUGUUGGGACAAUCUUGGUGUUUUCACUCUGGAAGGCUGCAAUCCUACACCCACUUACCUGGGAGUAAGCCCCACUGAAUGCAGUGGAUCUUACUUCUGAGUGUGCAUAUAUAGGGCUGUUCUGUAAUCCGGAAUCUUUCGUAGAGCCUUAGAAAAGCAGCAGGAAAAUUUGAGGUAUCAAUUAUUCUCACUGCCUUUUUGAAAAAUACGUCAUGCAAAUAAGGUUGUUUCCUUUUCAGUUUUCCAUAUGUAAUGGCCCAGUAUUAUCAAUAGAUCCUUCUGCCUAAGACAUUAUGGUUUUUGUAUAAAGAAAAGUAUACUUAGCAUUAAAAAUGAAUGGUUUUUCAUAAAACACCACACACAAAAAUUAGUAAGAUGGGCAUUCAGCAAGAUGUAUAUGUUUCCCUAGGAGAAACAUUUAUUAUCAUUAUUAAUGAACUGUUAAAAAGUUGCAGUGCUUGUGAAUGAAAUAAAUUUUAUGGCUAUUUUAUGUACUUUUAUACAUUGUGAUUAAAUUGGCUUUUUACUUUCAUUUCUCAUGUGAGGUCUGAUGUAGUCCAUUAAUAUCUGCAAAUUUGAUCCCAUUUGUGAUGUUUUGGUUUCAAAAGAUGACACAUUUAGCACAUUUUAUCUUACUAUGAUUUGUAAUAAUUUACUUGAUUUCACGUCCAAUAUGUGUUGUACUAGAUGUAGAACAGGGAGCAGGAGGAGAGGAAGCUUACCAUGCCACCAAAAUUCUCAGUUUUAUAAACUUUUAUAAACUUCUUCCAAAUAACGAGAGCUGUGCACAAAUGACAAUGAGAAUUCUCUACUUUGUGGACAGAGAAACUGGAGUGAAACCAUCUCACAAUUUUUUGUAGGGGGGCGGGGAUCUCCAACAGUUCCUCAGGCUUACCAUUUGCUGUGACAAUGGCCCAUGGCACAACAAGUCCCCCUUCCCAAGUUUCGUUUUGUUGCUGCCGCCCAAGAAGCAACACCAGCCUGCCCACCAUUUUGCAUCCUCCAUAAUGCCCCAGACCAAACAUUAUUCCAGGCAUUGCAGAUGGGGAAAUGGUUGCUGCCACACACAAAAAAACUGGUGGGGGAAAAUUGUAGAAAAAUAUGAAAAGUGGCCGCCUUUUUAUGGAGCGUAUCAGAAUAAGAAACAUCAGUCUUCACUGGAGUUAGGAGAAAAAGAAGAGGACAUAAUUCUGAUUGAUCAAGGUUUCUGCCCUCUUAGCUCAACUGUCAGCAAACACCUCACCCUAGCUGAACCCACCUUGUGCAAAAUUGUCCCACCACCCAUCCAUUUUCAGCCAUGCACAGGUUCUUUACUUUAUCCUGAAUUAAAUUACAAACGACUGGGGUUUUUACUACCACCAAGGUUCAGUAUAAGAUCCUUUAAACCAGUGCACAGAUGAUAAAGAGGAGAGGGGCUCAGGGUCAGAUGGGAAUAGGAGAUUGUUUCAAUUAUUUCAGGGGCUUUAUGGGUUAAAACCAGAAUUUUGAAAUGUGUGCAGAAAACUACAGAUAGAAUACAGGAAGAUGCAGCUGCCCAUCACUAAAAAGCAGAGCUGCUAAAUCAGGGGUGGCUAAAAAGUCACCAAAUUUCCUUUCGGGAGGGGGGGAGGUGGAUCUUAAAGGUGUGAUUUAGGCAGGCUCAUCCCCUAGAUAUGCUAUGGAGCAACACUGUUGCUUACCAGGUAUUUUCUUAUACAGAGACUGGUACAGAGCGUUUGAAUUCCUGGCUCUAUUAAUGAAGAGCUGAUUUACUGCUGCUGUUAAAUUGUGUCCUGUGGAAAAUGGAAGCAAGACUGAACUUAGUGCGGCUUCUGAGCAGUUGCGUGUAGGACUGUACUGUAAAACACUACCAUUCUAAUGCUAAAGCAUUCUGCUUUACUUGGCUUGGAACUAUAUGCUCAUAAGACAGGGCUUUUUUUCUGGGGGGAAGGCAGGGGUACGCAUACCCCUAAACAUUUUGUAAAUCUUUGUACUUUUGUCCAUUUACUGUAUUUACUUUUCCCGAUUUGAACUAUAAAAUGGUGAUUUUCUUGAGUCAAAAUGAAAGUACCCCUAAAACAUUUUUUUAAGGGAAAAAAAGCACCGCACUAGAGAAUUAAGCUUUUAGGAUCAGAAUGCGACCUGUACUUAUUUUUGAAAAAGGAAAGAAAAUCUUCCCACGGAGAUCUUAAGUUUAUGCAUUAAACUCAAAAUAUGAUGUCACAGUUUUUAUUUAAACAGAAAAGGCUGCAGGAUGUUUCCAGUCAACAAGGGUGGUGUUGUGCUUACUAAUACUUAAAGCCGGAUAUAGAAGCAAAAUGCAGCCUACGCUCUAGUUGGAGGUCACUUUGGAGAAGCCUAGCCUGUUUAUAUCCAAUACACAUAAACUGCCUUGAAGAGAUAACCUGAGCCAAGGAAGGGAGUGGUUUGCUUAGAAAGCUUAUUGCCUGUUGUCUCCACUCCUGUUUUACACCAGCUAUACAGAAGAUGCACAGGACUACGUUCCUUGUGCAGAGGGAACGACUGUAAAAUAACACCUGGUCACAGAAAUCCUCCUUUGUCUGGAAGGAAUAAUACACUAAGGAUGAAACGGUAGCCUUUCAAGAGUGAAACACGGUUGUGUUUAACAGAUCUGCCAACUCUUGACUUUUGGGGGCUGGAGACAGAUUUAAAGUUAACCUCCCUUCCAUGAUUUUGAAAUCUGACCUCUCUGGCUUUGAUCAGUUUCACCCUGGACUUCUCUAGAUGAUUUUUCAAAUGUGCACUCAGGAUGAAUUUGUGCUAUUGAUGGUAUGGGGUGGUCAAACACACUCCCUCAUUCAAGUCUAUUUGAGCCUUCAAAAUGAUCUGGACAGUCACGGUUCACACAGCGUCUGUGGCAAUCUGUGCAUGGUCUGUAGCUCCUUGCUGAAAUCCUGUAACAUUUCAUACUACAAAUGGUGUUUGGGAUUUUUGGUCCCGCUUUUGUCACUCUAUAGUACUAGGGUGCCUUUGACAAUGAGCUGAAUUAAUUUCACUAUUUUAUAUUUCCUGUUCAGGAUUCUGGUGUUCCUGUGGUUUGUGGAAACAAAUGAAGCUUUAGUAGAGCAACUGCAGCUGUAUUAAACUUAUGAUUUUUUAAAAAAAAACGGUGGAGAGAGAAGCUGGUGCUAUUGCACCCCAGAAAUGUGCAGACUCAGGCCACCUUCACACCAUACAUUUUAAGUGCUCUUAUACAACUUUGACAGCCGUAGCUUCUCCCAAAGAAUUCUGGGAGAUCUAGUGCUGAGAUGGUUAAAAUUCUCAGAGUGUUCUAACAGUCCCAGGGAACUCUGGGAAUUGUAGUUCUGAGAGGGGACUAGGGGUCUUUGAACAAUGGCAGGCAAUCAAUCUUUCUUAGCUAGCAAUUUUCAGCGGCUUUCCUCAGAAGCAAUUCCACUUGAGUUCAAUGUUAUUUGCUAGUGAGUGUGUUUAGCUCAGGAUUACAGCCUUGUGUCCGUUAUAAGAACUGAGCUGGAACCUCUGAAAUCAAUUACCAGAGAAAAGUCCACAGAAAUACACGGAACUAAGACAGCUCAACUCUUUCUUAGUUCAUGCAGUGCUGCAAAUGGGCUUAGUUAUCGGCGGUAUCUAGUUAAAACACGAUCGUGCCAGGCACUAAUUAAAUAUUUGUACUUGUAUUUUUCUUAUUAUUUUGAGACAGUUUACCUUCCUUCCCAGCGCAGCUCACAAGGUUGCCUCUGAGGUGAUACUUGGACCAAAUUUUAAAUCCCAACACUGUUCCCAUAGCAAAUAAACAGACCAAACAAGGAGGAUUUGUUGUAUAUCAGCAACUUCCUUAAUUCCUGCUUCCUUCUGGCUUUGCAGAAGUUCUCCCAUAGUGAUUAUACCUGAAUAAAUCAUCAGGUCAUAUUCAUACAGAACAAAUUUACAUCCCCUGGAGGCAACUCCACCCUUUCUGACAGCAAAAACAAAAGGGUUCCUUUUCAGCUGUUUUUUUGCUUGGACGUUUUCCAUGUCUGUAAACAGGGCAGGUUUCACAAGCAAGAGAAGCUACAUAGAAACGUACGUUAUGGUUGUAUAUAUUAUUGGCCCAUAUUCUGCAGUCCUGUAUCGACUUCCCAAGAGGCAGGCGUACACAGGGUACUUUCAUACAUGGACUUGAUAGAAGCACCCAGCCAUUGUCCUGCUUUCAGCUGGCUUGGAAUAGCAACUAAGCUUCCAUUUAAAUGGGCAGGUCCCCUUUCCCCAGCUCCCGUGUGACACACAGGGGCAUUAUUCAUCAGGAUCACUUUUAGUGGGGAUAAGAUUAAAUAGUAUUCCCUGCCCCCGUCCCCUGGCCACAUUUCCCUACCUUCUGCAGUUGAAGGGGGCGCGGAGAGAAAAUAAAUGGAUAUAGAGACAAUGCUACUCAGAAAGGGAAGAGUUAAAAUAAUAGAGUGUAUGACAGACCGUAUGGAAGGAAAUGACUUUAUGCAGGAAGAGCCAUGCCAUAGACCAUAUAUACCUGGAGAAAUUACACAGGAUUUUUUUUUUAAAAAAUUAAAUUAAAAAAUUUCCAUAAUACAGUAAAAUUACAACAGCAAAAAAUGCAAAUCAGAUAAGUAGAAUACAGAGUUUGCGCUUAAAAGUAAUUAUUAGCCCUUAUUGCCUAUUAAGGAUUUUUUUUUUAAGGAAUCUUUUUUGAAUCGGGAUGGGUGGGAACAGAAACCAAAAGGCAAAAACAUCACAUCGAUGCACUGUAAAAAAAAAGUGAAUGAGCAAAGCAUGGUUAUUCCAGAGUAAAUUUCCAGUGUGGAAGUAGCGACACACAGAUGCCUGUAAAUCUUAAAGAGAACUGCUGGUCUUGCUCCAAGGGAUCGUGGUAGCAGCCUACCCAUGAACCAGGCUGAAAUAUGAGCAAUGAGUGAAUAAGUCUUAAGUGUCAGGAUGAUCAUAUAAAUGGUUGCUACAGGCCAUGGUUCCUUCUCAUUGUAUUUCCAUGUAUUCUGGCUAUAGCAGGCUUAUUAGGUAGUAAAUGAUAAAAUAAACUGCUGUGUUUAAACAUGGGGUGAAGAGUUGAAGUAAGAAAUGCUGACAUCAAGAAGAUUUCAAAGUUAUUUAAAAUUUGACAUACUAAUUUUACUCCCAGAAAGCUUUUGAGAUGGGCUGCCUCUUGCCGCAGUGGCGCAUAAAGCAAAGCAGGUUCUCCUUCAUGGAGAGCACGUGUUGCGGUGGGAGCAACCAUGACAUUCCCUGUUGCUGGAUGGCCACGAAUUUGAUGGGGCACCUCCAAUGUUGCUGGGGGAAAUUUAUUGUUGCAAUUUUAUUUGAUUGACAGGGGUGCUAUAUAGGUCCCUGUGUGCAGUGUUGAGCUUCCUCUUUUCGCUGCGCACAUCGGAUCACCCGCCCACCCUCCCUUUAUUUAGGGUUUGUUUGCACUGACCUUGCUAUGCCUGUCAUGGGGUUGUCUGCUUUGGAGCAGGGGCCUGGUAGGAAUUUUACCAUUUGGCUGAUUGGCUGGUGCCAUUUGGGUUUUGCCUACUGCGCAGCAAAUUGUCACAACUUGUAAGGUUGGAUUUAGGCACUGGUUAAUUUUUAGUUGGUGGAGGGGAUGUGGUUGGCUGUGCCUGCCCUUCCAAUGCUGCUGCUGCAAGGGUAUUCCGUUAAAGGAAUUCAGGGGCUCGCCAUGCUUUUGUCCGUAUCCCUGACAAAGGGCUAGGGCCACGCAAGAGCCCCUGGGAGCAUUUGGGGAAAGGUGAGAGCCUGGCACCCAGCUUUAUUCUCUCCCCAAAAUUGCUUACCCUUACUGACUUCCGCACGGGUGUGGUUAUUAGUUCUGUUCCUACUUCCAAGAUAGUCAUUAACCAAUGCCUAAGUAACCACUCACAUACUGUAAUUCAAUAAAGUUGUGGCCAAAAUUAUGCCAAAAACAAAAACAAAAAUGAUGUGUUUUUAUUCAGGGGUGUCUUGGGGGUCCCCGACACGCAACCAUUGUUUGUGGCCUAUUUGCAUUGUAAAUUAUAAUCUUUUCUCAUUUUCAAAAUUUCUUUCCCCCUGCAGGUAUUUGUUCUGCCUUGAAGUUGACAGUCCCAUCACAUACCAUCCGUGGUAUUAAAGGGCAGUCCCUCACUCUCCCAGUUGACUACAAUUUCAACAUUACAGUUUCCAAUAUCCAGAUAAUAUGGCUGUUUGAGAAGCCACCAACAACCCCCAUAUUUCUGAUUGGCUGCUUGGUAAAUCACUCAGUAGUUCCAGACUUGGAAUAUAGGCACAAAAUUGCACUUAAGCCUCCAAAUGCAUCCUUGCAGAUAAGAUCUCUGAACUUCAGCGAUGAAGGCAAUUAUAUUAUCAAAAUCAAUAUCGAUGGAAACCGAACGAUACCUGCAAGUGCAAAGGUUCAAGUUACCGUGGAUGGUAAGUAAUAUAAAAUGUUGGAAUCUAAAGGUUCAACCAGAAUGCUGCAUAGAGGUUCUGUGGCCAUCUCCUAUGAGGGUUUAAAAAUGUAUUAAUAGCAGCCAUUGAGGGUACAAUUGGCAGCACACUGUGCUCUGGGGAAGGGGGCUAUUUAACUCUUUUCUGUGGGCCCUUCUAGUACCAGCAUAGCAAGCUGGUGGCAGGGAGGGAGGUACGCAUACGGGCAGCGACAGAGCAUGCCCCACCAACAACCGAGAUUGUGCAGGAGAUCCUUAUCUUCUACAGCAUGUUUUGUUGAGCCCAGAUUCCCCAAAUGCAACUGCAACUAUGGUAAGCCUGCUAUUUGGUCUUAAUUCCAGCAGAGGUGUUUUGAAUCACACCAGGAUUCCAUAAAUUGGAUCCUGGCUAAGGGCUCAUCCACACUUAACCUUUCCAUACUUUCUAGAUACAGGACUACUCUGUGUCUAAGCACUUCCUCCCUCACUGCCACUUUCCCCCGAAAUCCCACUCUUUGACUCGGAACAAAUGGCAAUUCAGGUUUUCCGUGGAUUGGUGUUUGCUCUGAUUCAGCAGUAGAGAGCUGGUUUUUGAAGGGAAAGCACCCAGGACGACAACAACAAAGCGCUCAGACACAGAGCUUUAAGGCACAUACCUGGAUGAGGCCUUGUUCUGUUACAGGUAAGCAGAAUAAGAUGGCCGAAAGCUUUAUCUUGCUGAACAGACUGUGACAAGUUGGACAAGUAAAUAUGAAAGUGCUGUUUUAAAUGUUACCCACAAGGGGAAGAAUUCCUGAAAGGAGAAAUGGGGAACUCUGUACAUCAGUGGAAAAGGUUCUAAUCUUCUGCAAUUAAUGUUGUAUUUGGCGGGGGGGCAGGAAUUCACAGGACAGCAUUCAGCAAUAUUACACACACACACACACACACACACACACACCCCAGGUGUAUGAAAUCGUACCAUUCAUUCUACCACCUCAGACACUUAACUAGCUCAUUCCCACUAUUUUACUUUAUAUGGCAGACUUUGGGCUUCUCCACCCUUACUUUUUGCACUGCUCUUUCCUGGCAAAAGGCCACGUUUUAAUGCUUCAUGUCUGAGUGUGCAGUUGUUGUUGUUGUUGUUGUUGUUGUUGUUGUUUUCCUCCUCCUGCUCUUUAAAGCUGAAUUGGAGCAAAUGUCAAUUUGGGUUUACCACAGAUUGAUGUUUGCUCCGACUGAGCUUCAAAGAGCAGGUUUUCACAGGGAAAGCACCAGAACAAAAAGGGCUUGGACAUGGGUACCUUGAAUCGCAGGGAAAUUACACUUCACACACACAAAAAGUAUAUUAGACAAAAUCACACACGAAGAAACAUAGAUUAGGAGAAAUUUGCAGCAAAAUGCUGGUGAAUUUUCAUGUGGAUUUUGAAGCACUGCUCACUGAUGUGGAAUACUGAACAUAGAUUGAAAAAAUGAGAGAAACCAAAAAAGAUAGAUUCGCCCACUCCUUGCUGUUGUGCAUGGUGGCCACAUUUACUGGUGCAAAUGGCAGAAAUGCUUUGCCAUCGGGAAAAGUGUGUUCAGACAGAGUGAAAUGGCUCUGCCCAGCUACUAAUGGAUAUGGGCAAAGCUCUCCCAUACAAGGAAGGGGACUCUGAUAGGGCUAAAGUCCACACACACACACACACACACACACACACACACACACAGAGGAGCUGUACUUGCAUACAUUUAUACCCAGGGAGAGCGCUUUCCCACAUUGUGUGAAUGCAUGGAUCGCUGGGAAGCAUUUCUGCCACCUGCUGCAGUGGGAGGUGGGGCUGCACAAAUUUCCACAAUGUAUGCAGGGAGCAGGGAGCACACCUGUGGUGCUUGUUAGUGGCAGGUUUGGGAUUAGCCCACCUGGCCCCAGGACUCCCCUCAUGUGGUAUCCCCCCCCCACAGUGGCGGAGCAACACGCUGCAGCCCCCCGGAGCAGAGAACAGGCGGGGGCAUGGCUGGCGCACAUCCCGAGGUUGCAUGGCAUGUGGCGCACAUCCUGGGAUGGUGCGGUGCACUUUCGGAGGGCAGCUGCGAUGGCACCCUUUCCCCAAAUGGUACCCGGUGCAGUGUGCUCCCCCCACCAGUGCCGCCACAUGGGUGGAGGGAAGUCAGGCAGUUUCCCCCCAGUUCCUAAAUUAUUCCGCAAAUAAAUUGCAAACCCAUUGGCCAUGCUGCCAGGGGACUCUGGGAAGGGGGUUCUAGCAACAUCUAGAGGGCCAAAGGUUACCCACUCCUUGGUUAAAAUACAUGGAUCCUAACUUCAAAGAUCUUUUAUAUUGCAGUUCCUGUCACAAAGCCAGUCAUAUACAUUGAACCCUUUGCUGGAGUCGUGGAGAACAGUGGGAACAUUACUUUGAACUGCACUGUGGAGGAAGGCACACGGGUCGCUUAUCAGUGGUUGAAAAAUGGAAAUCCCAUUGAAGCUGGCACUAUCUAUUCCUUGUCAGCAAACAACAGCACGCUUCGGAUUGUCCCUGUCGUCAAAGAAGCCAUUGGGAAUUACAGCUGUUUAGCAGAAAACCCAGUCAGUGCAAUGGAGAGUGAUGUGAUCGUGCCAACUAUAUAUUGUGAGUAGCAUAUAACGGAGACCAUAUGUUGCAUAUGGUAGCUGAAUUGAGAGAAUGAUGUGGGGGGGGAAUUAAGAGUGAUAGUGGACAAAUAGUAGCUCUUUGCCAUUAGAUUAUUUGUUUAUAAUAAUAAUAAUAUUUUAUUUAUUUAUACCCCGCCCAAAACAUUAAAAUACCAUAAUACAUCAAACAUUAAAAGCUUCCCUAAUCAGGGCUGCCUUCUAAAAGUCUUCUAAAAAGUCUUCUAAAAGUCUGGUAGUUGUUGUUCUCUUUGACAUCUGGUGGGAGGGCGUUCCACAGGGAGGGCGCCACUACCGAUAAGGCCCUCUGCCUGGUUCCCUGUAACUUGUCUUCUCACAGUGAGGGAACCGCCAGAAGGCCCUCGGCGCUGGACCUCAGUGUCCGGGUAGAACGAUGGGGGUGGAGACGCUCCUUCAGAUAUACUGGACCGAGGCCAUUUAGGGCUUUAAAGGUCAGCACCAACACUUUGAAUUGUGCUCGGAAACGUACUGGGAGCCAAUGUAGGUCUUUCAAGACCGGUGUUAUGUGGUCUCGGCGGCCGCUGCCAGUCACCAGUCUAGCUGGCACAUUUAUAUCCCACAUGCAGUAUUCUCCAAGCAGCUGAAGGUCAUAUACAUGACACUCACCCUCCCCUUUUAACCUCACAUCAGCCCUGUGAGGUAGGCUAGGCUAAGAGAGAGUGGCUAUCCGCAGCCCAUAACCUUUGUGACUGAGUGACGGUUUGAACCAUGGUUGUCUGCAGCCCUGGGCUGCAUUCACAUAGAAGUUUAUUCUGUUUCCUCCACUAACCCAGAAAAUUAUAGGAGUAAAGUGUCAAUAUUUGGGGCAGUAUAGCAGCAUACAGUUCUUUCCAACCAUGUUCAUGAGUGAAUCACUGAGGAACAGAAUCACACAUGUGCAGAAAAAGUAGGGGAGUAGCAACGUUGUCCAACAGCGUUCACUGUUGAGUCACACUGUACCCACAGGUGUGAAUGAAAUUUAACACAAUAUGCUUGUAUAGCGGUCAAAAAGUUACAUUUCCAUAGCACAACAGGUACUGUAGUGUGAAAGGAAUGUUAGAAAACAGGACAGAAGCACUAGCAUGUAUAAUCGGGGAAACUAAUACAAUAUUCCUCCCAUUUGAAUGCAAACCCUAGUCUGCCUUUUGGACCAUAGUAAACUUCCAUCGAGCUCUCAUGAUGGCACCUUCUCAUUAUGACAGAAGGCCUGUUCCAGGUAAGUCUAAAGGGAAUUGAAGUACAGAAUGGUUAGAAAACCAAUGUUUCACCUGUCUCUUUGUCCAUGCAGAUAAUAAUAAUAAUAAUAAUAAUAAUAAGCCAUCCAUCUGACUGGGUUGCUCCAGCCAUACUGGGCAGCUCCCAACAAAAUGUCACCCAUCUGAAUGGAUACAACUAGAAACUAGAUCAAAAUUAUGGCUGUUCCAUGCUAGAUUAGUUAUAUGUGUUAAUUAUAUGCAGUAUUUUGGAAACUGGAAUGAUUUGACCGACAAGAUAAAGGAUAACUUUGUUUAACCAAGCUGUACGCAAACCGGUUUACUUGAUCCACUCUUGAAAGAAGCUUUGUUGACUCGGAAGGUGUUGGAAGCAUGUCAAAAACUGGUGACAUUAAGUAAAUAUGGGGUUUAGAGAUGAAAUGAUGGAAGUUGAGAAAACAUGGUGGGUAUACUUCCAAGAGAAGAAUUGCCUUAUGAGCCAAAAUAUGGAAAUGCCAUUUACAGGAACCAAAACUAAGGUGUAUAAAGCCCAAAACCAAACACUAGCAACAAAAUGGGCAGGGACAGAAGUGAGAACUAUGUGAACAAUUACUGCUCAUUUGAGGAGAUCUAAACCACUUUAAUACAAAAGUAAAGAAACAAUAAUCUGUACCAAAGACCAAAUACAGUUCAACCAUACUGGUCUCCUUUGGUGGUUCAAUAAAGCAUCCCAACAAUUUGUCACAAUGAAUUUUGUCUCUUAGCUAAUAUGCCUAAAUGGUGUGAUGCAACUACAUAUAAAAUUAAAAUACAACUACAUAUAAAAUUAAAAUACACACUAAUACCUGAUUGAUAAACAUUCUAAGCAGAAGUAUAACCAUAAAUAUAAUAAACUCACUCACUGCCCAUAAAAAUCAAGUUGCUGUGAAGAAUUAACAGUCAUGUUGAUGUAAAAUGGUGGCCAUUACACAUAGUGGGAUUGCCUAAUCUGCAAAUACGAUUAGAAAUGAAUUUAAAUAUAACAAUUUUGGAAAUAAUAACUGAAAAAUUACUCAAUGCACCUGUGCUCUCACCACAGGUAGUUCGAGAAAUCCUCCAAAAUUCUUCUUGUAAACAUAGGGUAAGGAGGGUAAGGAGCUCCUCCUUACCCUCCUUACAUAGGGUAAGGAGCUAGCAGCUGAUGUUUUCCUUUGGACACCAUUCAUUAGUUUGACAGAUAUGAAGAACUGUUUUGGUGAAGGUACCAUCACCACAGACAACCUAUAACAGCAGGCUAUAACCAUGGAUCAUUUAAAACACCAGUAAACGGACCCUUUUGUUCAUAUUCAGCAACAAGGCGAACAGGCCUUCAGAAAGCCAUUUUGUAGGUAGACCUAAACAAAUCUGAAUGUUUAAAUGGAUCCAGAUCAAGUACUUCUAGUCAUAAAACUUUGGAAGAUAUUAAUAGUGUUCUUCUCGGGACCACCCUCAGAUAUUACUGGAUAUUAUGAAAUUAGUAUGUGAAAUCCUGGCAGCACCUCCUCACUCAUCCUGCCUGGCCCUAAGUUUACCUGGCCAUCGCCAUGGGCUUCCUAAUACCACAGGUCAACUAAUAAUAGGAAUAAUAAUAAAUUUUAUUAUUUAUACCUUGCCCAUCUGGCUGGGUUUCCCCAGCCACUCUGGGCAGCUUACAGCAUAUCUGGAAACAUACUAAACACAUCAAGCAUUUAAAACUACCCAAUACAGGGCUGCCUUCAGAUGUCUUCUAAAAGUUGUGUAAUACUUUAUCUCCUUGACAUUUGAAGGAAAGGCAUUCCACAGGACGGGUGCCACUACUGAGAAGGCUCUUUGCCUGGUUCUCUGUAACUCGCUUCUCACAGUGAGGGAACCAGCAGAAGACCCUCAGAGGAGGACCUCAGUGUCUGGGCUGAGUAAUGGGGGUAGAGACGCUCCUUCAGGUAUACUGUACUGAAGCCGUUUAGGGCUUUAAAGGUCAGCACCAACUAGCUUUUGCCAGACUCCAUGGCUCCUCCUCCUGUCGCAUCUCUGAAUGAGUCAUAAGCAUCACAUAUAUAUGAUGGGCUUUGGAUUGACUGAAUUCUUCUUUUCAUCCUAGCCACAUCCAUGCCAUUUACGACUUCUUCCCCCUGAGAAUCCUGGGAACCAUAGUUUGUUAAGGAUUCUGGGAAUUGUAGCUCAAUCUGCAGUUCCCAGGAUUUGUGGAGGGCGGAGCUAGAACUUUCAAAGUGGUAUAAAACUUGAUACCAUGCUUCACACUGCAGUGUCCAUUACUAUUACAACCAUUGGUGCUAAUUUGAGGCUUUCCAUAAUGGGUAUUUUGUAACAGUGUUGAGCACCAACGUGAACUUUCUAUUUAGCUUUGGUUAUGCAGUAUUUGGUCACGAAGGCCAAUCUGUCCUUCCUAGUUUUGCCCUAAGCGAUUUCCGUACGAAAGUGCAAUUGGCUUUUAGUACAUUUGUUUUGCAGGUGGCGCUGUGGGUUAAACCACAGAGCCUAGGGCUUGCCAAUCAGAAGGUCAGCGGUUCGAAUCCCUGCGAAGGGGUGAGCUCCCGUUGCUCGGUCCCUGCUUCUGCCAACCUAACAGUUCAAAAGCACGUCAAAGUGCAAGUAGAUAAAUAGGUACCACUCCGGUGGGAAGGUAAACAGCGUUUCUGUGCACUGCUCUGGUUCGCUAGAAGCGGCUUAGUCAUGUUGGCCACAUGACCCGGAAGCUGUACGCCGGCUCUCUUGGCCAAUAAAGCGAGAUGAGCACCGCAACCCCAGAGUCGGCCAAGACUGGACGUAAUGGUUAGAGGUCCCUUUACCUUUACAUUUGUUUUGCAAUUAGCAGACAAACCAAACAGACCAGGAGUAGUACUGAUUUUUAUUUUUAUUUAAUCUUCUAAAAACAUUUUAUUUUAUUUUUAGAUGAAAUACUUCUAGCUUUUAAAGGACAUUUUCAGAAUCAUUCUUCUGUGGCAGGGCUACCGCUUUUCCGAUGCCGUUCUCCAAAGAGGGAACCUUUCCUUUUGACUCCGUAAAUGCUAUUUACUAAAUGACUUGUAAAAUAAUAAAUCACCACUUCUUAGCAACGAUUUACGUCUCAGUGGGAACAUGACCAAUUGGCUCCUGUCACCACGAAACUGUUAUCCAUCUUGUUUCUGAGCAGAUGGCAAGUAUUUACUGUGAGUGACCUUUAUUAUUACUGCAAUUCUCCUGGCAGCAAUGGCAUAUGGUAUAUGUGGACCCUGGAGCCAGGACUGGCUUCUUAUUGGGAGAACUGGUAGCUGGCAAACGGGUUGUUUUUUUACUGUGCUAAUGAUAAAGUUCAUAUUGAAUUAUAUGACUUGAAAGGAGAAUUUGGUAGAUGAGAUCACUUCAGGUAAGGGUGGCCUCUGUGCUAUUACAGGAAGACCUUUUCCCUUGCUAGCCAUUGGCUCCAUGUUGGUAACCGUGCAAAACCAUUUUAUAAAGAAAAAGCAGAAACAAUGCAUGUGUAGAUUAAAUUGUGCAGCAAGUGUGAUGAGGCAUUUGUUUUAGUUCAGCAGGCAACCUGGGCUUUACUUUCUUUGAGUUCUGGAACUGCCCACAAAAUAGCAGAUCUUGCAAAAGUUAUCUCUUUCUACACUGCACAAGAUGAGGCAGGAAGGAGGAGCAACUUUCCCCCUUACACAGAUAGCAGUACGUUUGCUGUAAGAUGGUGACCCCAUGGUAGCACCCUGUUCUACCACACUCUCCCUUUUCCUGGUGGUGACUAACCCUUUCUCUAGCUCAUGCAGAUGGCGCUGUAGUCUAAACCACUGAGCCUCUUGGGCUUGCUGAUCUUCCGAAUCCCCAUGACAGGGUGAGCUCCUAUUGCUCUGUCCCUGCUCCUGCCAACCUAGCAGUUGGAAAGCACACCAGUACAAGUAGAUAAAUAGGUAUCACUGUGGUGGGAAGGUAAACGGUGUUUCUGUGCGCUCUGGUUUCCAUCACAGUGUUCUAUUGUACCGGAAGUGGUUUAGUCAUGCUGGCCACAUGACCCGGAAAGCUGUCUGUGGACAAACGCCGGCUCUCUUGGCCUGAAGCGAGAUGAGCGCCGCAACCCCAUAGUUGCCUUUGACUGGACUUAACCAUCCAGGGGUCCUUUACCUUUUACCUAGCUGUCUGUACACCUGUGUGCAAGCACAUACAUGUGCUGGCUUCAUUCCUCCCUGAAGAUCCAGGGUGACUGGAGAACAAAUGCCCUCUUGUUCCUAUCUGAUACCUGAGAUUGAGCAGGUUGGACCAGGAAAGGAUGUUGGGUUGCUUGUAUUUAUACCAAACUCAGCAAAUCCAGAAGCUGCAGACAUCCUGCCAAUUUCAGGAGCCCCUUUUGCAUAUCCUCAUUUCCUCCUGUGCCCAAAGAAGGCUCCGAAGCUUAAGUGCACCCGGUCAUAAGCUCCAAACCAAUCUCAGGUUGUUUUCAGUUCAGCCACAGUCCCUGACAAUAUGGUUACUUUGAUACAUAUGGCCUCAUCAGCUCAUGUUUGCCCUUUGAAGACAGCAGGCAUGCCAGCUCCAGGGGGCUAAGCCCUUUUGGGGGGCCCCUAUAUUUUGGGGGGAGGCUGCCCCCAAUGUUGCUGCUCCAGUGGCCGGCUUCUCCUCCUCCUCCUGCCGUGGAGGGGAAUGAGGGUCGAAGCAACCUCCCACUGGUGGUGGCACCAAGAGGAGGCAGAGGAGCAGUCAUUGAAACUGUGCAACUGCUGCAUUUGGCUCCGACCCCAGCUCCUCCCAAUGUCCUGACGUCACACACACAACGUUUCCCCACCCUCCGCAAUCGCCUUCACAAGCUGGUGCCUCUGGAAGAGAGAGUCAUAUGAAGAAGUAAGGAAUCCUUGGUUGAUUGGCUAGGGUGCAUCUCCUGGGUCUACAGCGCAAUUGUUCAGUAAAUAAAAACCCAGAUGCACGCACUAUAAACUCUAUUUACCCUAGAGUUAUUCCAGAACUAAUUUAUCUCUCUCCUCCCCCUGUAAAUAGACAUCUUAUGUAAUUUACCUUGAUAUGUAAAUAGAGGAGUUUCACCCUUUGUUUCACCCUGUGCAAGGUUCAUACAAGUUUUCGUGGUUUUAGAUCCACUGUUGUAUUGUGUAAAAUGAAGAAAUUGCCAUUUAUCCCAGCUUUGCUAUAGUGUUGUAGCGAAACAUGCUUGUUUAAUGGGCAGUGAAGUUUCCUUGGUAGAUGGAAUUCAGGUCACAUCUCCCUGGCACCCUGGGGGCUGAAACCAGAGCAGUCAGGAUGAUUGAAAGAAAGAGUUUUGCAAUUUGAAUGUGACAGUAGUCCUGAUUUGUACAUAUGCUUAUGGUAAGUCAAUACUUUUUAGAGAAAAAAACAAUGCCCUCGUUUUUUGGAUUUGGCUUGGAAGCAACCCCUUAUGAGAGCUAUGUUAUUGUCUGGGUGGAAUACAGUCCAACCUAGAUAUGACAUUAAGUACGCCAAUAGAAGUAGCUUUUCGUAGGUCUUUUUUCCUGUUAAUAGCUACAUUUGUGGGGAGGCGCAUUUUCCAUCUUAAUUUGAAACAGUACAGUUUCAAUUUAUGGCUUAAGAAGCUGUAUUGUUUCAACAAACCAUAGUUUAACAGUUUAGGGUUAGGCGGUAAAGCUAAACUAUGGUUAAUCAGAAAUGUCUGCUCUCUUCCUCACAGCCUCCACCGAGGAGAGAAGGGGUGGUUGAAAGCCAGUGUCUCACUGUGGCUCAUCAUCAUAAAACUAAAUCACAGUUUAGCGGUUCAUACAAAGGAGGACUCAGAAUGGGAAAAAAGUUUAAAAUGCAAUGAAUACAAAGAUCUUCUUUAUAUGGAUUUAAGAUACAGCUAGAAAUAACAGCAUGUGAAAGAGAAAUAUUGCAGUUGGAAGAUCUGACAUAACAGCAGUCAUUUGUCAUGUUUCUCUGUUGAGUUUAUAUUCUCUCUCUUUAAUUGUUAUAUUCACACAGAUGGGCCCUAUGGACUUACCAUAAAUUCUGACAACGGCCAGAAGUUAGGGGAUUAUUUUACGUUUAACAAAGGGGAAGCAGUCCAGCUUUACUGCUCAGCAGAUUCCAAUCCACCAAAUAUUUUUUAUUCAUGGACCCAGAGGGCUGACAACUCCACGCGCCUCAUUAAGUACGGAAGGUCCCUGGAAGUUGUAUCUGAGAAGGUGAUGCAGAAAACAGAAGAAUACAGGUGCAGAGCUCUCAACAACAAGACUGGGAAGUGGAAAGAAACGCACAUAUUUGUGAUUAUGAUGCCAAAAGGUAAGAAUGAAUGCUCACAUGUCAACCUACAAGUUUGUACAAAACUUCCAAGCCACUGUCAGAAAACUCAGCCAGCCAAUAUCUUAGAGACAGAAGGGAAAGCCUCACCAAACUUGUUUAAUCAUAGUUCCCUAUUACCAAAGGGGUCCUGAGAAGUGAAAUUUUGUGAUUUCCGUAGAGGAGAGCAUUGCAAUUCAAUAGGUACAAAUGAGACCAAAGUUUAUAGCAUAGAGGUGCCCUUUAUGAAAGGUUCGGCAUCUUUAGCACACAAAACAACACUGACUAAUUUAUGUUGUAGGAUCAAUCAAUAUAACUAUAUUUACUUACUGAAGAAUGACAUGAAAGGGAACCUAUAUAGGAAGAACUCAAGGGUGAUCUCUGAAAUUUUGCUCUUUUCUCCACUCCUUAUCCAAACUAGAGUUGUUGGCCUUUAAUACACAUUCUGUUCCUGGCAUAGAGGUAAGUGGUAUGUUAGGUAAUUCAACUGUGAAUGAAACACUUGAGCCAAAGUUGACGAGGAAACAGUAGAGCCAACAUUGCUGUUACUCUACCUGCCCAUGACUGCUGCAGUGUAACUACAUGCCGGCCCUUGAACAUCACAGUAGCUUAAUGCAGUUAUUCGUAUACGCCUAUCCAGAUCACGAGGAGACUUAAGAGUUUCCCAUUCAUACUCCAGAAGCCUAAAUAUAGGCAGCAUUGAUAAAUCAAGCAACCUCUUCUUUUGUACUAUUUGACACAGUGAAUGGUCUAGGAUAGGAGUGGAGGAUUUGUGGCUCUCCAGGUGUUGUUGGACUCCAGCUCCCAGGAUCCCUGUUCAAAGGCCAUGCUAGCUAAGGCUGAUGUGACCUGUAGUCCAACAAUGUAUGGAGAGCUGGAAGUUCCCCAUUCUUGCACUAGGAGCACUCAAUGAACCUUAUUGAUGUUUGGAGGAUGUGGAACUUACUAGUAUCUCAGAGAGAGACCAAAUGAGAUCCAUGUAAGCUGCUUUUCUAGUGGGAUAUAAGCGGAUAAAUAAAUAAGAAUCAACAAGGCUACAAUACUAUGCACGAUUACCUGGGAGGGAGAGAGUCCCAUUGACCCCAAGGGGAUUACUCCAAAGUUGACCCAUAUGGUGCUUUAAACAACAAAACUGCUAAGGUAAUUUUUUUCCUAUCAGAUUAUAGCUGAUCUGUAUAGUUACAGAAAUAUUUUUUCUUUGUUAAUUAGUUAAUAAAUGUUUAAAAUGCAUUGUGUGAAAUUGCACAAGUUCCGUCUCCUUCCCUGCCCCCCAUUUUUUAUAUAGAAAAAAAUAUUUGUUAGAAGGAGGAUAACUCUUACAUGCUGCCCUGUUAUUAAAUAUAUAUCUUUUUCACAUAGCCAUUACAUUAAUGUAAACUCAAGUUAUUCAGAUGUUGCCUUACAGGGCAUUUCACAAGCUUGUUUGGCUUUGACAACACAAAGACCUGAGCCUUUAUGCUUAAGAUAAAUAUGGUCAGCAGCUGCCUAUUGUACAAAGGGAUUUAAUAUAAUCACAGAUGAAAGUUCUGUGUUUUCAAACACACUGAAAGGAAAAUAGGUUACAAUUUUACAGUGAAACCUAUUCAAGUUUUUUUAAAUGACGCCUGGAAAGAAAAACAUAAUCAAAGGUUUUGCGUUGCGUAAAAUUACAUAUUUCCUAUUCAUGGAAGUAAAAUAGGACUCAGUUGAACAGGAUAAUAAAAGCACCAAUAUUACAGUUUAUGGUAAGAUCUGAAAAGCUAAGAAAACCUGCAAAAUGCAGAACUGCACAUUUUCUAUUUUCUAUUUACACAUUUAAGAAUAUAUUGCCAAUCAUAUCUUAGUUAACUCAUACUAUUUAAAAACCGAGCUCAUAUAUACAAUUACAUAUCAUUGGUUUUGUUUCACAUCAGACCAAUAUUUGUUGCUUAUAAGUGCUAUGAAAAUAAAGAAGAAACCAGCAGGAACUUGUGGCAAGAUAGCCAAUCUAGUUUGUGUUAGAGAGUUUUAACUGCACUGGUUAGAGAGGAUUUCACUGGGAUUUUGCAGGGACCCCCUGAUCUGUCUGUGGCCCCAAUAUGUAGCCCCCAGAUCAGGAUUAUUCAUCCUGUACCUGCCCAAACCAGAUCCAUCCCUGAAACAAAUCAGGGGAUGGGGCUAAGGAUCUUUCUAAAAGGGUUUUUAAAUUGAGGCAGGCAUGCCCAGGCCUGAUGGCUCCGUAGGAUCACUGGAUCACCAUGGAGAUCUGCUGGAGUAUUCAUCUCCCCUUGGACUUCGCCUGAGGAGACCAUACUUAGCCAUACAUACCAGAGAGGAGGGAGCUGUAGCUCAGUAACACCUGGAGGGCCAAAUGUUCCCCACAUUAUAACAGAAAGUAGGUGUCAAGGUUCAGUCCUGCCCCAGACCUCAAAUCUAAGGUCUCCUCAGAUGAGAAGCAAGGAAAUUUGGAGAAUCUCCCUGCUGCUAAUGGUCCUGAGGAGCAAUCAGACCUAGACUUUCCUGCCUUGGGACCAGAGGUUCCUACACCGGCUGCCUGAGUACCUGGCAGCUCUCAGAUCCACCCCACCCCACCAGGGCCAUAGGAGCAGAGGGGAUGGUGAGCCAGACAGGAACUUCAGAGAUGUCACCAAAGGAUGCUUUGAUGUUAAGGAUGCUUCCCAGCCAAAGCAAUGCACAUGGCAGGUAGUUGUUGUCAAAUAUAGCACAGUCGCUUCUAUAGCUCUGGACUCUGGAGCAGUUGCAGCAACUGGCGGCCACGUCCCCUCAACCAGUUUAUGUACCUUCAGAAUGAAGGUACAUAAUUUCAGAAAAGAAAUUAAUAAGCAUAUUUUGUCUAAGGAUAUAAAUCACAAUUAACAAUGAGUUCUGUAAUGUCUAACUCGUGACCUUCAGAGUUUUACAGUUUGUGACUAAUGGUGUUAUUGGUUUCUAUGGUGUCAAUAUUAGCAGACUUGUAAAAGGAGGCAACAGUUUAUGGUUCCUUAUCUUGCAAAGCGAGGCCUCAAAUGACUAAAAUAAAUUAUUCAUAAAUAUAGAAGCACGUAGGAAUAUAUACCCCGUACCACGGUGGCUUGUGCUUCUGCUUAGAGAAGUAUUUAGAACUGUCAGUCUUAUGACCGAUCUCAAGUGCAACUUUCCUGAACUAAGGAAUUGAAGCUCCAUUUAGAAAAUACUGAACAAGGAAACGUGUGGUGGGUUGUAUAUGCAAAAGAUUUAAAACACAUGGAGUCACCAGGUCAUCUGCAGAAGUCUUAGGUGGAUUCAGAUCUCUGGGAGCCAGUUGAUCACUGUAUUAACUUUGCACAUUACACCAGAAGAGUGGAAGAAGAAGACUGACUAUCUAUGAGGGCCACUUUUCCCCAGUAAUAGGUCAAUGCUUCUCUCUGAACUAAAGCUCCCAAAGUAGACAGAAAGUGUAACUGUGUAUGUCUUCCUCCUGGCUUCCCCCUUCCUAAUGCCACCAUUGGCAACUGUCAGUUUCAAUGGAGGAAGGGUGGGCUGGAGGCAGGGGAGAAUGUUGCUUAACACUUUCCCUUCGGGGCUGUUUUCCUCUCAAAAUUCACACACCCACCGAUUUUCUUCUCUUCUACAUAUGGAAGGGAAAUCUAUGGAGAGUAGGAAGAUGUGGAUAUCCCUAUGUAUUUCCCCUGUGUGUGAAAGCAGUAGGAGGAAUUUUGAGUGGCAAAAUGGCCAGAGGGGCAAGGGCCUUCUUCCAGGUGGCCCACACAACAUGAGAUCUUGAGAUUUCUCCUGCAGGGAGAUGAACUAAGGGGACACUUCCAGACUGUUGCUAUUUUGGGGUGGGAUUCAAUCACAUACCAGCAAAUUCAGGUUAAAAUGAAGUUGAUUGGUAGCUCAUGUGCAACAAAACCCACUUCCCUCCCCCUCAAAAAAAAAGGAACUUUGUUUAUUGUGAUAAAGAAAGCGAUGGAGAAAUGCACUAGAAAGUGUGGGGUGACCCUUGCUUUGAGGCAACAUGGCAUAAACUCCCUGUAAACAAAUUGGAAUGAACGCUCGAUAAAUAGCUGAUGUCAUCUAGGUAAAGGUAAAGGGACCCCUGACCAUUAGGUCCAGUCGUGGCCGACUCUGGGGUUGCGGCGCUCAUCUCGCUUUAUUGGCCGAGAGAGCCGGCGUACAGCUUCCAGGUCAUGUGGCCAGCAUGACUAAGCCGCUUCUGGCAAACCAGAGCAGCGCACGGAAACACCGUUUACCUUCCCGCCAGAGCGGUGCCUAUUUACCUACUUGCACUUUGAUGUGCUUUAGAACUGCUAGGUUGGCAGGAGCAGGGGCCAAGCAAUGGGAGCUCACCCCAUCACGGGGAUUCGAACCGCCGACCUUUUGAUCGUCAAGUCCUAGGCUCUGUGGGUUUAACCCACAGCGCCACCCGCGUCCCUGAUGUCGUCUAACCUCCCCACAAAUUUUGGGCAAAUGAAUCAGGAUGAAUGCUCAAUUAGCAGGUUGUCUGGAUGCCACCACUGCCUUCACAUCUAGAGCUCAUGUGACCCUCCACAGGAGGGUUCCUCCAUUCCACAUUAUCCCUGAAGAAUUGGGGGGGGGGUUUCAGAUGUGCAGUUGCGCAUUAAUUUUCUACAGCUUCUCCUGGAGUAUGGCUGCACUCAAUCUGGAUGCUGGCUACUCUCGGAUUGUUGUAAAGUUUCUCGACCCUAUUAUCAGUGCCAAAAAUGGAAGUCUUGUAUUUAUUCUAGGGCAUAUCAUUGUACCGUUACUAAGAGUAGUUGCUCAAAUUCGUUUGCAAUUUUGCGAAGCCAUGGCUACAGCUUAUCUCUCUCUUAUUUGCUCAUAGUGAGAUAUGGGAUUAGAUAUAUUUAACUAAAAACAGACACUCUGAGAGACAUAUAUAACAUGAACUGGCACUUGGCAAAGGGCCGACUCAUGUUACAAAAGCUGUGCACAUCAUAAGAUAGCACAUAAUAUAUUUGGGGUAUGUACAGAUACAUAUAAAAGGUUUUUUUUAGAUAGAUAGAUAGAAAGAAAGAAAGAGAAAGAAAGAAAGAAGAAAAGGGGGUGGGAGCAGAUGCUGCAGUCUAAAAAUGCAUUCUUCAUGUUGUUAACAUUCAUACUGAUUCCUGUCCAGAGUCUUGCUCAGGGAAAACUGGUUCUGAGGUUAUGCAGCAAAAACAACAGGGCACUGCGCUGACUAGCCAGUAUCUGUGACAUCACAACCUCUCCUCCCCUUGGGUCCUCCAAGCAGGCUAUGACUCUCAGCAUAACCUACAUCACAGGACCAUUGCAAGAAUAAUAUGGGGGUAGGAUCAGCUCCUUGGAGAAAAUACGGGAUAUAAAUGUAGCACUUCACACAAAAAUAUGGCUAGAAGCAGAGAAACAUAAGCAGUAAAUGUCUGAAAACUGUCAGUGUUGAAUUGCUAGUAGGAAUAACAAUAUUUAACAAAGCAAAAGUGGAAGUAACCUACAUCCAAGACACACCCUUUAUUCUUAAUCUAGUGUGUCUGGUAUAUGUUUAACUUGAUGACACAUUUCACAUUACUCCCCCCCCACACACACACAAUAAAAACACUGAUUUUGCAAAGAUUUUUAAAAAUGUCAUGUGCCAGGGUUCUUCCCUGAUUUCCCCCAUGCGCCAGUCAACAGUCUUUAGGGUGUGGCAUCAUUCCAUAUAUCAAAAAAGCUAAAGGGAGAUAAUGAAUCAGUGUGAUGCUGAACAUGUGCUCUGAGUUACAGUUCAAUUUUUACUCGAAAAUUCCUAUGUCCACAGAAGUAACAUUUGUCUCAUCUCUGUGCCUCAAUGUAUUGUGGGUGAUGUGGGUGUUGUCAACAUGGUUUAAUGCUAUUUACCUGUCUCCUGGGAGCUGUAAUUCUAUGGGGUGGGGGGAAGGGUACAUGUGAACAAAAAUGCAUAUAUUGAGGUAAAAUGUGCAUAAAAAUGGAUAUAUUGCUGAAAAUGCAUACAAAAAUGUAUUAUAUUAGGAGAAAUAUAAAUAUAAGAGGAAAUAUGCUUUGGGAAAAUGUGUUUAUUAGGCAAGGUUGCAUGCAAAAUUGUGCACAUGAAUAGAAAUUCGUACUAAAAUGCUGGUCAAUUUUCAUGAUGACUUCUUGAAAUAAAUUCAGAAACUGAUGUGGAAAUGUGGAAAACUAGGAAUUUAAGAUUGGACAAAUUAGAAACUGAAAUGAGCAGAUUCAUCUGUCCCUAAGGAAGAUACAUGUGAAGUGAGCAUGAUAAGAAAUUAGGGUUGGCAUACGUCCGGAUUUCCCCAGACAUAUCCGGAAUACUGCAGUCAGCAGCAGUGUCCGGGUGGAAAUCGGGAAAAUGUCUGAAAUAUGGCAACCCCUAUAAGAAGUGGGCUGAAAUUCUAGGAAGAUGCCAAUAAAUAUAUAGUUAACUUGGUCUCCUACCUGGUAAGUAGAUUUCCUUGCAUGAAGGAAUAUAAUCAGUUAACCUACUUAUCCAACUCUUCUAACUUAACAAAUAAUACUUUUUAAGUCUGAACUGCUAAACAGCUCCAGUGAAAAUAUAAAUGAAGCAUAAAGCAAAUCCUAUCUGAAAGUAUAAUGUUUAGCUAAACUAUGAACCGAAGUAUCUAACAACUUCAAAUAUAUAACUGGACUGAAGAAACACACAUUUUUUUUCUUAAACAAACCCAUCUUCUCUGUGUAACCCACGACACUCCCCAACUGUGCCAACAGCUGUUAGAUAUGAAAAGCAGCAAAGGAAGCAACAUCAGCUGCAUUGUUAGGUAAGCGUCACAAAGCUGUCGCGGGUGCAUUCAUUUUGAAGGGUGCAUCGCACUGCAACAGCCUGCAAGGCAGCUGGCAAACGUGGAUCCAGAUCUCAGAUAAUCUGGGCUGGCUUUCUCCUAGGCUGGUGGUUGCCCCCAGUGCCAAAGCAAGGGAAGUUAGGAGGUUGGAGAUUUGAAGGAGGGAGGUGUGCCCUCGACAAGACACUCUGGGGCAGUUCUAAGAUGUUACUACGAAUUUUCGCUUGUCAUACAAGCGAAGCCAGAACUGAAGUAAUGAGAACGAGGUGUGAGUGCCCUCUAGCGGCCGCAUGCAGCCACAGCAAGUGCAACCCAUGAGGAACAGUUCCAACAUUGAAAGGUGAAAAGAUGUUUUAAAAUAAUGAAAGCAGAGCAUAACAGGUUUGUAGAAAAUAGCCUAUUUCCAUUCCUGGCUUAACCCAGAACGAAAGCAAAUCCAGUAUCCAUCUUGUGAAUUGACACUGCCAAAAAGGAAACUGUCUACAAAUUAUAUUUCAUCUAAAAAGUCAUUACAUUUGAUUCCACAGUUUGGUUCUCGUUACUGCUGACUGACAGUGGCAGCCUGAUUAUAUGCAAAUUAAGGCAUAUGCCUAAGCACAUUUAUCUGCACAGUAUCAGUUGCAGUGACGUCUAGUCUCUCCCCCCCUUCAUAUUUCACCAUGAAUGCACUCCUUAUUUAAAAAUCUGAACCCCACUUUACACCAUGUAGGUGUCAAAGCAACUGACAACAAUAAAAUAUGCAAUGUGCAAAAACAUAAAUUAAGCCUCUAAAAUUUAAAAACUUCAACCAUUUAAAAUCCAAAUGCACAAAUAAGCUAAAUAAAUAUCCCAUAAAUCCUUUGCUUCAGGGAAAACAGCAGAGAGAGAACGUGCAGCAGGAAGUGGGCAGCAAAUUUGCUGCUGCACAUUUUGAAUGUGCAAAUGCCACAACUGAACAAAGAGUAGAAUGAAGAAAGUUAAGGCUAUGCAACUCUUACCAAAACUGAUCUCAAAAUAGCUGUGGUCCUUGAUGUAAGGUGUUUGUUGGUGUUCCCCAGAACAGCUUCGCUCCACGCCAGUGGAGGCUAAGCAAAUUUGGUCAAAUGGGACACUGCCUCACCAACCUCUCUGUCUUCAGCCAGUUCCCAGCCUGCCUACCUUUUUACAUGCUAGGGGGUGACCUUGCCUUUCAGGUUCCUCCUCCUUAAUGUCAGGGCUGCCAUUGUAGAACUGCUCAGGGAUAUGGGGGGGCAGGGGACUAGAAUUAGUUGUCAUUGGCUCUGGCUCCACCUCCAAUUGGCAACUCCUCUCUGCCUUCUGCCUGGAUGUGGCAUUUGCCCAUUCUUUUUUAAAAUGUCUGUACAGGGGGAGAGAAAGAGUUAAUAGGUAGACCAAUAGAAAAGCCAGAGGCGGAGCCUACCUGUUUAUAAAAGAGCUUAGCCCGAGGUUUGGAUUGGUUGGUUUUGGUUGGGAAAGGCAGUUGGGAAAACAGUUGGCAGACAGUUGGAAAUACAGUGGAACCUCGGGUUACACACACUUCAGGUUACAUAGGCUUCAGGUUACAGACUCUGCUAACCCAGAAAUAGUACCUCGGGUUAAGAACUUUGCUUCAGGAUGAGAACAGAAAUCGUGCUCCGGCGGUGCGGCAGCAGCAGGAGGCCCCAUUAGCUAAAGUGGUACUUCAGGUUAAGAACAGUUUCAGGUUAAGAACGGACCUCCAGAACAAAUUAAAUACUUAACCCGAGGUACCACUGUAGAGAGACAGUUAGUGCAGUUGGUUCUUGUGUGAGGGGAAGUAGAACAGAUAGAGACAGGAUAAAAUAAGGUAAAGAGUAACAACGUUUUGAAUGCAGUUAAAGUUUAUUUGUGUUUGCAAUAAACUACACUCUUCUUUGUUAACUUAAGAACCUGACUGAGACUAAGUGAUUUACCGGGGAGGACCUGGUUGGUGGCAGUGGAUUAGUGGUGUACGGGUCAAUAGUCUGUGAGACGACCGGGGGCUCCGUAUGAACGCCACACUGGCCAACCCCAAUGGGCAGCAACCAUCAUGGCCCCGUGUACAUGUUCACAGAACGCAUUUGUUCCUACUGUCAUCACAUUACCCACAAACUCUUGAACUUGAUUCACCCAGAGACCAGGCCAAAUAAAGAACUUCAGUAAUUUUCUGCUCUUCUCUGCAACUCAAGUAAAGUCAGAAGAAGAAACGAUAAGUUUCAGGGCCAGUUAAAUCAUAUUUAAGAAUUAUUUUCCACUGGUGGCAUGCAGACACUAGAAUGGAAGAAGCAAUCCCCUGGAUAUUUGCACUAUUUGAACCAGUGUUGAUGCUCUAGCUCCAGAGCACUGCUAUGUGCAAUGUUUUGCAUUAUAGGCCUGGCCAGAAUGAUAAGUGCAAAUCAAAUAUCAACUUCUGUUCUUCUCUGAUGCAGGACUGGAGCAGCUGGCUCAAAGAGAAAAAUAUUUGUCUCCACUAGGAAUAAUAUGUGGAAUUUCCUUAUUUUUGAUAGUAUCAAUGUUCCUUCUAGCGUUAUGGAAAAGAUUCCAGCCUCAUAAAGGUAUGUUAAAUUAACGCCGGAAUAAAUUCAAAGCUUCUGUAAACCAUAACAAAAAGGGUUGAUUAUUCUUUGUCUCUUUUUCAGUUCUACAGCAGAAGCUGCAGACCAGGUAGAAAACUUAAUUAUCAUUUGUCUACACGAAGCUUUUAAAAGAAGGGGGGGGAACGCAGCAUCUUUUUGCUGCCUACGAUUCUGCGCUGAAUUUGAAAUAAUUGUAUUUCUGUUUAAUGUUUCAGGCCUGAAGCAGAUUACAGAAAAGCACAAACUAUUUCAGGUAAUAUAUGAUAUAAAGAGUUAAAUGGAAAUAGACCACUUUAGAAGCUUUCAAAAGAAUCAAAGAGAGGAGGGCAGCCAAACGACAAGUUAGAUAAUGAUUAGGUUUCCAAGUCUUUUCUUAAAAGCAGUACAGUGGUGCCUCGCAAGACGAAAUUAAUUCGUUCUGCGAGUUUUUUCGUCUUGUGAAUUUUUCAUUUUGCGAAGCACGGUUUCCCAUAGGGUAUUAACGGUUUUAAGAAAAAGGAAACAAACUUGCAAGACGUUUUCGUUUUUCAUCUUGUGAAGCAAGCCCAUAGGGAAAUUCGUCUUGCGAAGCAACUCAAAAAACGAAAAACUCUUUCGUCUUGCGCAUUUUUCGUCUUGCGAGGCAUUCGUCUUGCGAGGUACCACUGUAUCUUGGAAGGAAGGGGGAGCAAAUUGCAGUGGGAUAGCGCUACAAUUGGGAGUUGGGGGUUACUUGCUGCUUUUCUCAUCUAAAUUGCACCAUGAACCUCCAAUUUUCGCCAUAAAGGAAAACACUCAUCUGGAAUCCCCAAUGUGGAGCCCAUGGGCACCAUGUUGCCCUUAGAAACCCCAUUUGGUGCCUGCCAAGGAUUGCCUGCUUUGAGCAGGGCUUGCUUGAUUUUUAGCAUCUGUCUUUUUUUGUUUGUUAAGAGUGUGUGUAGGUGUUUUGCCUGUUUGGGGAGGAUGAACUGGUAGGUAUAGUCAACUCCUGCAGAGAGCAGAAUUUAGCCUCCUGUUCUUUAUCUGAGGAACAGAAAGUUUAAUCCUGCUCCCAGUUAUUACGAUGUCAGAUUAUCGACAGGUGAGUGGUUACAACCACCUGCCAAAGUUGGCCCAUGGGGUGGUCCUCUAGGGUGCCAAAAUGGCGCCCCACUUCUGCAAAUCACACACUCUCAUACUGAACCUGAGGUGGAACACAAUUGUCCAUAAUAAUUACUUUCUCUUUAUUUAAAUAUCGGCACUUUUAGGGCAUGAAAACGCGCUGGAUGAUUUUGGAAUAUAUGAAUUUGUUGCCUUUCCUGACGCUGCAGGAAUUUCAAGGGUAAGUGCUUAUAUCUCUGCAGCAUGGAUAGCCACGAAAAGCCAUUUUGCCGGCAAUAUUACAAAACAGAAAUAGCCCUUGGUUUAAAGGCUUCCAAAAACAGAAAUAUAGAUAUAUUCAUAAAGAAGGAAGGCGGUUCAUUUUAGCAACUCUGAAUCUGACUCUUUUGUUACGGUCUGUGUCUUUCAUUGUUACUUCAUCAUCCUGAAUGUGAUAACCACUUCCCAAAUCUGAGCUUUUAGUGGCACUGAAGAGCUACACUAUAAAGCCAGUCUGACGUGGUGGUAGGAGUUUUGGACUAGGACUCCGGAGAUUCAUGUUCAUAUCCCCACAGAGCUAUAAAGCUCACUGGCUGCCGUAGGGCCAGUUUCCUUCUCUCACCCUAGCCUGUUUCACAAUGGGGUGGUGUGUUUUUUUGCGAAGAUAAAAUGGAGGAAGAAAUAAUACGUGCUGCCUUAAGAUACUUGGAAGAAAGGGAGGGUACCAAUGAAAUAAUUAAAUACCUAAAUGCUACAGAGUGCCUUAAUGUGUAUAGAUGAAAACCCACCUUGCCCAAAAAAUAAAUGAACGGAUGCCCACAUCACACACAGGACCUUUGUUGUUUCUUCUUCAUUCUGCUUCCUCAAUCUUAUGAACUUCAAGUCACACUGAGAAACUGCAGGUUCCCUAAAUGUGCACAGACCAGAAUUCAUCCUGCUCAAAAAGGAUGUUAGAUCAGAGGCCAGUCUAGAUCCGGGAACAGAAUCGCCAGCUUUCGAAAGGCCAAUUCAUGUCAACAUGAAGCUGUGACCCAACUCCCUCCCACUAGACGUCAGACAGGCAUUGGCCCUGUGGAGCUUCAAAUGCCUAGUUAAAAAUCAUAUUUCAGGAUGUUAUUUGCAUUAUAAAUGCUUUUCUGAUAAUUUUUUUUCUCAUGUUCUUGUUUAAAUUUCUGAGAUUUUAAAUUUAUGUCUUAAGCUUGGCAUGUUGUAUAUUUUUGUCACCUUUUGCCACUUUGAGAUUUAGAUGGUGAAAAAACGGGAUAUGUAUUUUUUGAAUAAAUAAAUAAGGCCUGUCCUCCCUCACUACAAUCUAUUGCCAGACAAUACAUUAAGCCAGGCUUCCUCAACCUUGGCCCUCCAGAUGUUUUGAGACUACAAUUCCCAUCACCCCUGACCACUGGUCCUGCUAGCUAGGGAUCAUGGGAGUUGUAAGCCAAAAACAUCUAGAGGCUGAGGAAGCCUGCAUUAAGCCAAACAUUGGCUUAGCAGCUGCUGCACCACACUGUCCUGUGCUAUAAGGGCCGGAGAGGAACAAAAUGGGUACAAAUUCCUCUCUAGGAGACCAUAAGCCAUUGAUUGGUUGACCCUCUUGUGCAAAUAAGGCCUACAUCUCACUGGCUCUGUUUUAGGCAUCCAUGUUAGUUUCGUCUGUCUUGCUCAGAGAAAACCAUUAUUUCCUCCUUUCAGGUGUCAAGUUGGUCAGUUUCUGUCUCUGAUGCUGCACAAGGCCAGGAAUUUAAUGGAACAGUUUAUGAGGUUAUUCGGCAUAUUCCUGAACAAUAUCAAGAACGUCAAGAGUAAGUUGCGCAAACCUAAUUUGUCAACCAGGUUGCACAAUGAGACUGCCUGGCAGGGGUGGACUUUAGUAAUAUGGUGCCCUGAACAAGGACAAAAAUUGUCCCCCCCCCCCAAUAUUUAUUGUUUUCACAAUAAUUCCAAUAUUAUAAUAAUGGUAAUCUGUUAAUCAUGAUUUUAUUUUAUAUCAGUCAAUCAAUCUAUUAAAAAACAUAUAGCCUGGUGUUUUAAUGCCAUUGGGUAUUUCCAAGAAGGGAAAUACAAAAAUCAGAAUAAUCAAAACCAUCAGAAUUAUAACAAAGUCUUGUGGUGCCUUAAAGACUAACAAAUUUAUUAUGGCAUAUGCUUUAAUGGACUAUAAUCCAUUUCAUCAGACACAACUAACACAGACUCACUAAAAUGGUUUCCAUUCUGGGAAUUGUUAAGAAUUACAGUAAAUAAAAUUUAGCAGAAAAUAUGAAGAAACAUCUGGAUGACAGUGAUUUUCAUUCCAGAGCGCUCUCUCUUACAUAUAUUUUACAAAUGGUGGGUUUGGGUUUGGUUUUUUACCUCUCCAAACAUUACUUCAUCUGUGUCAUGCUAUAAGCUUACAGCACGGAGGACUUUAUCACAUUUAUAUUCUGCGUAUGCAUGACUUGAGUGUGCAACAUUCUGUCCGCUACACCCCACCCUACUUAACAGUUUGCAAUGCUUAAGGAAAUGUUUGCAAUGAGGAUAUCCUGUGAUAUCUUAAGACAUCGCUUUGUGGUGUUUGUUUUGCUGCAACACACUGCCCCUCUGGAAUUUGUUGGUAUUGUUUAUGGAAUGAAGUUUAAAAGCUCUACACACAGUCUUCUCAACCAGGAACUGUGACUCAAUAUGAGUUUGAUUUUUUUUUCCCCUCCUAGAGGCACAUGA